AUUAACAACCGCAUGAUAAAACUGGGUUUAAGGCUACCAACAUGUGCCCGUGUCAAAGAAGGAAUCAUCAUCGCCAAAUUUCAUGGCAAACGAGGCUCACUUUCUCUCCACCUCUCUCUCCUUCCUCUCCUUCAACAAGGCUGUGCUCCCAGAGUUCAGGCAAUCAAAAGGUUUGAGCUUUUUGGUGAAUUCGAGAAUCAGCCGAAGCAAGCAAACGAGAGUUUCAAUGGAGAUGCGUGGAAGUGGAGGUCCAAUGACAAGUGACCACUCUGCAGUUAAGAUUCCACAUGUACUGACUGUCGCUGGCUCCGAUUCCGGUGCCGGUGCUGGAAUCCAAGCUGAUCUUAAGGCUUGUGCUGCUCGCGGAGUGUACUGCUCUACUGUCAUAACCGCUGUUACUGCACAGAACACUGUUGGCGUUCAGGGUGUAAACAUUGUGCCCGAGGAUUUUGUUGCAGAGCAGAUGAAGUCUGUGCUAUCUGAUAUGGAUGUCGAUGUGGUGAAAACUGGGAUGUUACCUUCUAUUGGCAUCGUUAAGAUUCUUCAUCAACAACUUCAGGUGUAUCCUGUUCGAGCUUUAGUGGUUGACCCUGUUAUGGUGUCUACGAGUGGAGAUGUAUUGGCUGGUCCUUCAAUACUUGCUGUGUUUAGAGAGGAGCUUCUUCCUAUGGCUGACAUAGUAACCCCAAAUUUGAAAGAGGCAUCAGCUUUACUGGAUGGAGUGAAAAUAAACACAGUUUCUGACAUGCGUUCUGCUGCAAAAUUGUUACAUGAUAUGGGUCCACGAAAUGUUCUUGUCAAAGGCGGAGACCUCCCUGAUUCAUUGGACGCUGUUGAUAUCUUCUUUGAUGGCAAGAACUUAUAUGAGCUGCAUUCGUCACGCAUAAAAACUCGUAAUACUCAUGGAACUGGUUGCACUUUGGCAUCAUGUAUUGCAGCUGAGCUGGCAAAAGGUUCUUCAAUGCUCAAGGCUGUUAAGGCAUCUAAGUUCUUUGUCGAGACUGCCUUGGAUUAUAGCAAAGAUAUUUCCCUUGGAAAAGGUCCCCAAGGCCCUUUCGAUCACCUAAUGAACCUCAAGCACAACUCGGGUCGACAAGUCAGAUUCAAUCCAAGCGAUUUAUUCUUGUAUGCUGUUACAGAUUCACGUAUGAACCGAAAGUGGGGCCAUUCUAUCUCAGAUGCUGUUAAAGAUGCCGUACAAGGAGGUGCUACAAUUGUCCAAUUGAGGGAAAAGGAUAUUGAAACAGGGGAUUUUCUGGAAGCAGCCAAGUCAUGUCUCCAAAUUUGCCGUUCCCAUGGAGUUCCAUUACUAAUAAAUGAUCGUAUUGAUGUUGCGCUUGCUUCCGAUGCUGAUGGUGUGCAUAUUGGCCAGUCUGACAUGCCUGCCCAUGUUGCACGUUCUCUCCUUGGCCCUGAAAAGAUAAUUGGUGUGUCAUGCAAGACACCAGAGCAAGCAGAGCAAGCAUGGCUAGGUGGUGCUGAUUACAUUGGUUGUGGUGGUGUAUAUCCAACUAAUACAAAGGAAAACAAUCGCACUAUAGGCUUGGACGGGCUGAAAACUGUUUGUUUGGCGUCUAAAUUACCCGUGGUUGCGAUUGGUGGGAUCAAUAUUUCAAAUGCGCGUGCAGUGAUGGAAAUUGGCGUACCAAACCUGAAAGGCAUUGCAGUUGUGUCUGCUCUAUUUGAUAGGGAAUGUGUUUUGACAGAGACUAGGAAGUUGCAUGCAGUGCUAACGGAGGCAACAGCAGCAGCAGCAGCAGCAGCAAAGUGAAACAUACGGGGAUAAGGCCGGCCUCGAUGCAAAUUUUCAUUUUUCUUGUUAGUGGUUAGAGAAGUCAAAUGUACUCGGUUCUUUUGGGUUCAUCGCACCGGAAAAAGUUGAUCCUGCUCAGCGGCGGAGUAUGGACGGUUGUUUGCUUAGCAUGGGACGUUUUGUUGCUCGGUAUGGACGUUUGUUUUUUCUAAUAUUUUGCGUAAAGGGGUUCGGGUUCGGCAUGAUGUAAUGCAGCAGAAGUGCGAUAUACUGCUCUAAAUUAAUUCAUAAUAUGUUUCCAUGUGCUUGGCUGCUCACUUGAGUGGAUUGAUCGAUCGAAAACUUGAAUUAUUGAAGACAUUAUUGUAUAUUUAUCUUUUUCUUGAGUAGAUGUGAAGAAUAUAAAAAUCCCCUUUGCUGUA